UGUCUAUAAGCUCUCUGAUCCUUCGUGAUUUUGAUGUUGUUUUGACUUUUAAGGUUAUGUAAGUCCCUGGUAAAUCUGAGGGUGUGAGAAAGGAUUGCGUUUAGUUGGUAUUUAUUUAUUUAUUAUUUGCGGCGCUGUCGAGGUUGAAUGUUUCUCAUCUCUGAGUUACAACAGAACUAUGUAGAAAAAAAGAUAUGCGGAUGAUAAGAGAAAAAUAAUAAUACAGACUGUAACGUUAAUGGUGGAAGAAAGGCAUACCUACCUGCACAUCCUAUUCCGCACAAUUUUGUAGAUGAACGGACGAGUAUCGAGAGAAAUAUUGUACUGUAUGCUGUAAAUUAUAUAUCUGAGAUACUGUCACGUACAAAUGAAGAGACGACAGCGGAGGCCCGUUUUGGAUAUCAAUAGCGAACAAUCAGAAUCUCCUCGGGGACGAUGGCAAAACAAAUAUCAACAGAUCGCUGUUGAUCAUCCUGAACAAAAUGGAAACCCAAAUAAUCCUCUGGCCAGUUUACUUGGCCAGUACAACUCAGACAGUGAUACCGAAGACGUGAAACAAGAAUCCAAUCAACUCAAUGAUAAAGUCAACGACUUUUUGAAGGAGAUUCAAAUGAUCACCCCGGACACUGUCGAAUCUAACAAUACUAAGAAAACGACCGAUUCAACGAUUUCAUCGCAGCGGAACAGUCAGCCUGUGCAAAAUGAAACCUCAAGCUGCCCCUGGCAAGAGUGUUUCGAUGAGACAACAGGCUAUCCGUACUACUGGCACAUUGAAACAAACGAAGUGACUUGGGAAAUGCCAAGUGAAAUGAGAUUACACCGGGAAAAAUCGUCUCAAAUUAACCAGAAUCAAAAUCAGGUCCCAACACAGCAUCAAACUCUUCCUGCUCACACCCAAGUACAAUGGGCAAAUUUUCUCCCAAACACAUAUCCAGAAUUGCAAACCAACAUUCCAGAAGGAAUGAUACCUAAAGAAGUUGUUGCUAGGAAUAGGAACAGACAAGUUGGUAUUUCUAGAGGGAAUCAACCAAGUACUGAACUUGCUACAGAAGCUCCAAAAAAAUCUGGGCCAAAGGAUGAUGAUUCUGACGAUGAAAAAAUUGAAAUGAUAACGUCAUUUGGCGACGAUGAGAGUGAGUCUGACGGAAGUGACAGUGACUCUGCACUAAAAAAUUCAUCAUCUGACAAAGUCUCUGCCCAAAAAAUUCACAAACUGAAAGAAGUUUGUAAGAAUUCUCCAUCUGAAGUCGAGGACAGUCCUUCUAUUGGUCCUUUUCUUCCACCAGGAAUCAUUCCCAUGAUACAUGGACCUGAGAACGUUGGCGAAAAUGGUAAUAGUUUUGUAGAUAAUGAUGUAGAAAGUCUUGCCAAAGCCGAAGGAAGGGAUGAAAAUGUAUAUUCGAUCAGAAAAACUGAGAAUCCUUUAGCGAGUCAAAAGGUGACUGCUAAGUCUGACGAUGGUGAAGAACAGAAUAUAUUAAUGAGACUCAAGAACCAGGCGAAGCUGCUACAGUCUUUGGGAGGUGAAGUUCCAGAGUCUGUUGAAACUUUGAUAAAGGACGAAGUAAACGAUGGGGCAAAAAAUCUGGAACAAGAUGACAUAAUUUCGCAGAUAGAGAAAGAGAUGCCUGUCGAUCACGCGAGAAAUUUUAGUUCUGUUAGUAAAAUAAAAUUAGAAACGGUGAAGGCUUUGAAUAGCGAAUCAACCAGACUACAAGAGACCAAAAAAAACAAGGAUAUUAAAAUCUCACUUGUUGCUGGGUACAGCGACGACUCUGACUUUGAGGAGGAAACUUCACCCAAGAAAAUUGGGAACGCUCAACCGCUAUUUCCGAUAAUGUCCAACUAUGCUGGCAAAGCAAAUUCUGAUGACUCUCUGCACUGUACGCUAAAAGUUUCCGGCGAUUUCAAUGCUUCUGUGGCUGAUGCAGGAAUAAAAGGCGCAGAACAAAAGCAAUGGGAUUUUGUCAAUGCUGGUAAAUUAUCGAACAGCAGUACAGAAGAGGCUGACAAUGCAGACGGCGAUUCAAGAGGGACGACUGAUAAUACGAGUCAGUCAGCUAUCAAUGGACAAGAGAGCUUAGAAUCUGGUGAAACUAAGACAGCCAGAUUAGACGCUGAAUCAAGCCGGCAACAUUCGUUUUUGGAGAACUUGGAAAUGCCAGCUAAGGGAUUUCAACGAAAAAAACGAAUUGCUUUUGAUGUUGUGCCAAACAAAAUAAGCAGACCACAGUCGGAAAAGCGUCGUGCCCGUACUGUACGUUCUGUAGCCAAAGCUCAGACUGUCAAAAAACGGUUGGCAGUGGCGCUGGGAAUGAGCAAACCAAUCCGUAACGUUCCUCUCCUCGUUCCAACGGUUAAAAAUCGUCAAAAUAUAAGCGAUCGCGCACUGCUCACAAAUUCAAGAUACACCGCGGGUAUAUCUCAAGUCAGCCUCUUCGGGAAUUCACGAGACCUCAACUACAGCCCGACUGGGUCCGACUCGGAAGAAUCCGACAGUUGUACAGUUGGCGGUAAUGGAUUGCUAGUAAGUAGUCGUCCCAGAAAUGCGACUGCAUCGACACGUCGUCACACAGCUUUGAAAACGAUUUCAAAUCCUCUAAUACCACGUGACGAAGUAAAUCCUGAUUUGGUGACCCCUGCCGAUCUGAUUGGUAGCAUAUUGGACAGCCAAGAGUUCUGGCACUCUAAGAAAAACACUGAUCUGACCCUGAAGGCAGAUGGUACGUUUCUGAUAAAAAAUAACACCAAUAACAACAACAACAAUGAAGACAACAAGCAUAGCAUAAACAACAACGAGAGUCCGAUAAAGAAAAAAAUCUUGACAAACGACGAGGAGAAUAUUACGGCAAAAGAAACACGUCUGGACUUGACAAAGGUCAAUCAAAAUGACAUGGUACAAAAUCCGAUGUACAACAGUCCAAGAGGUGGAGGAAAUCGUGGAAACUUCAGGGGCAGCGGUAACUAUAACUGCGAAAACAACCGGCAUAGUUACGGUGGGCAGGGUUACGGCGGGGGCAGAGAUUCUUAUGGGGGAGGUGGAGGCGGAGGAGGUGGACGGCACAGCUAUGGCGGGCCAGGGGGAGCAAGGGACGGUUACAACAGUGGCCGUGACUUCAGACCCCCAGGUAAUUACAAUCCAGGGUUUGAGAUGCGCGGUCCUCAUCCCGGAUUUGCAGGAAAUCUUCAUCCUCCGUUUAGGAAUCGCAACCCUCAGCAACAGAACUUUCGUAAUGAAAGACCGAGGUUUCCACCUCCGCUAAUGACGGAUCGCAACGAUCGUCAGCAGCCGCAACUCCAACACCAGCAACAACAACAACCAACGCCGUUCGGCCAUCAAGAUGGUAACGGCGAGAGACCACCUCCUCCUGGUUUUCCUCACCCGAACUCCUUCCACAGAUUUAGACCCCAGAUUCAUCCGCUAAUGUCUACGCCACUGCCUGGACCCAGACUUCCACCGAUCAGGCCUCCAAGCUUUAUGCAGGGUAAUUUAGGACAAAGCUUCCAAGAUGAAGGGUCUGGUUUUAAUUUGCAUGACGACGUCCAAGAUCACUCGCUCUUUCCGCAAGCUAGUUUGAGCAAUACUGAGCCCACAUUUGGCCCCAGGAAUCAGGCGCCAGAUGAGGAAGAGUGCGACCUUUACUCGGAUAUAGAACAACCUGAUAAUAAAAAUUCAUGCGAUAAUGGCUCUCCGGUAGUCGAUGCUUCGAAUAACGACGAGGGAGUUGGAAGCGUGCUCUUGCCUCCUCCGCCUGAGCCACCUUCCGGUCUUCUCGACUUUGAGGAGUCAAAGAGCGACAGGGACUGCAAUGACAGCGAUCAGGAACUUGUCAUUGACGACAAUCCCAAGGAGGAUAAUAGGGAGCAUAAGAGUGACGAUAAGUAUGAUCCCUUCGCUGAUGACAGUGAUAGCAACGCCGAACACGGUGAGAGCCAUGGACAGCGGGGGAUUUUACAACCUGCCACUCACUCUUUUGCAACUAGUUUUUCUAAUCAGCAGGCUAUCAUAGAUAAGCCUGGAAUUCGACUGACUGCUUAUGAUGACGACGACGAAGACGACUCGCAAGCUGAUUGUCCAAACUUUUCAAUUUACUCAUCCCAGACAAUGGAUGUAGCUAGGAACAGUGAACAGGAGCUUUCCCAGCAAAUAGGACCGCUUGAACCGCCGCCUCUACCACCCGAUAUUCCUGACGACGAUGAUAUCAUAGUGGGUGAUGUUCAGGCCUGUGAUUUGUCUGAUAUACCUGAACCGUCUGAUCCCUAUGUUGAAUCGUUGCAGAAGGAAAGACAGACGCUCAGCAAGAUACCACCUAAGAAAAUAUCAAACGACAGUAGAGGGAAAAUCACGUUUAAAAUUGGCAAUAAAUUUAAGCUUAGCAACAAGCUCAGUAAUCUGUACGACGAAAUGGAUGAGACUAUAGAAACCUCGAUCCAGCAGGAAAAAGAAGUGGAAGAAAAGAAGAAUGCUGAGAUUGAAAAGAAGAAUGCUGAGAUUGAAAAGACGAAAGCUAGUGAAGAAAAGCCUAUUAACAAGGAGGCUAAAGCUGCCACAGAGACCGAAGAUGACACGACGGAGAAACAGGAUAAGACCAAGGAUACAGAUGCUGAGGAAAAGUCUGAUGACGACGAGGAAGAGAAAUUAGAGGAACUCGAGAAAGAGCUCAAAGAAAAGGAACAGAAGCUAAGAGAAAUGGAGCAGCAAGAAGAGCUGGAGAAAAAGCAAAAAGGUGAAAAAGUAUUAACUGAGAUCGAUGACAAAGAGACAGAUGAACAAGGUACUACAGAUAAGGGCGAGGAUGAUCCUGCUCCUAAUGACUUGAAUCAGUCAGACGAUUCGUCCAAGAAGAAUGAACUCAACUGUGGGAAGGAGAAAGAAGAGACUCCGUCAAUGGUUGACUUGACUGAGAAAAGCUCUGAUACAAUAAUCUCCAUUACUGACACCAUUCAAUCGUCAUCGCCAAAGGUCACAGCCGAAGACGAUCUGGAGCUCAGCCUCAAGGAUAGUCUUGAAAAUAAGCGGAAGAGCCAAGAAGCAACAAGCAAAAAAGAACCCGUUACUACCGGAGGUUGGACAAGAGUAGACAAUGUCCAAAUAAACAUUGAGAAUCCAGUCAAGGAAUUAGUUGAAGAGAGUAAUGUUCUUUAUGAUCAGAUAGACGAGGAAUUCAUUUCAAGGAAACCUGAAAAGCAUGAUGAUAAUGACGAUGACGACAAGGAUGAAGAUAAAAUCCAGGGGAAAAAACUGAAUAAGACUACAGAAUGUGAAGAGAAAGAUGAUUCGGAACUCAUUGAGAAUGAGGAUAAUUUGGAGGAGGCAGGCUCCAGUGAAAAGAUGGAUUUUCUUCCCGAAACAGAGAAUUUUCCCUUGGAAAAAGAUCCUAGUGAGAUAUUCGAAAGUAUUGUGCAUUCCAACUUGCAUCAACAGAGCUGGGAAUCUGACGGAGCUUAUACUCCUUGCAAAGACGAGCUGCCUGUAAAAUACAAGGAUAACGAAGGAAGUUCCCCCUCGCCUUUCGAAAGUGGACUGGAGCCGAUAACCCCGACUAAGGAUAGAUCAAAUGACGAUUUGGAUGGGUGCAGAACUCCCGCAGGAUACGCGGGUCUGGGAACAGAAGCGAUUUCUGAAACCGACGAAGCCAUGAAUUUUGAAGAUGAGUUAGCACUGCUGCAUCUAAGAAAGGAAAAGGAGAUGGAAGAUGGAGAAAUAAUGGAUGAUGGCAGAAUGAGCCGUAAGACAAGCGAGAAGCCUAGCAAGGAAAAGGAAGACGAGGGUAAGAGAAAGAAGAAAAAAGAUAAGAAGGAGAAGGGAAAGGAAUCGGAUAAAAACAAGGAGAAUAUUGCAUCACAGAACCAAGUAUCGUGGAAGAAAAUAUCCAAGAAUACCAAGGAAAGGCAGUACCGUGAUAAGGACAGGAGGUCAAAGUCCAAGGAGAAAGAAAAGGAGAGAGACAAAGAAAAGGAUAGAGAUAGAGACCGAGACAAGGACAAAGAUAAGUCGAAAAAGAAGGGAAAGGAAGUGGCAAGAAAGAAGGAAAAGCGCAAGGAGCUCGAGAGAUACGAUGUGAGAAAGAUUGUAGCUGACAAACCAUCGAGGCCCAGAAAAGAUGAGUAUGGUAGAGAUAUCAGGGACGAGACUAGAAGCAGAUCAAGAAGCAGGAGUUUAUCGCGUAGAAGAAGUUUUUCCAGAGACCGAAGAAGCAGAUCCCAUGAAAGAAAUCGAUCGAGAAGUAGAUCUAGAUCCCGAAUGCGAAGAUCUUGGUCCAGAACUCGUCAAUCUUAUUCUAAAGGAGAUCGAUCGGUAUCUAGAAGAAGAUCCUUGUCUCGUUCAAAGCGCAAGAUAUCACGAAGAAGAUCGGUAUCGAGGAAGAGAUCGUUGUCCAAAAGACGAUCUAGAUCUCUAUCGAGAAAACGCAGAUCCUCUCUUUCACCGAGAAGGCGAUCCAGAGGUAGAUCUCUGUCCAAAAGUCGUCGGUCAAGGAGCCGAUCCCGGGAUAAAAAGAAGGACAAGUCAAAAAAGCACAAGUCUAGAAGCCGCUCAAGAAACAGAAAGAGAUCGCGAUCAAAAACACCCAAGAGAAUAUCCUCCAAAUCCAGAGACAAGAAACACACAAAGAGAAAGAAUGCCUCCCGUUCUAGGGAUAGAUCAAGGGAAAGAUCGCGAUCCAGGGAUCAAAGAGAACGCAACAAAAACUGGGAAUCGAUUAACGAAAAGAUCAUUGAGAGAGAAAGACGCCCGGUGUCGAGAGACAGAAGAUCCUGGAGUGCUCAAUGGACUCCGUCUUGGUCCAGGUCACGGUCCAGAGAACCAUCGCCAACCAGACACGAAGAAGUGGCUUCUCAUACCGGCUGGUCAUCUCCUGUAUUAGAUACUGUUCCAGUCCCUCCUAAAAACUUGACCGUCAUACUAACAAACAAGGAGGCCAUAAAGAAAAAGAAGAAGGAGAAGAAAAAAGACCCCAAGAAGGUGAAGGAGAUUGAAAAGCGAAAGAAGAACAAGCGUAACAGGACUCCACCACCUUCUAAAGAAGUUUUCGCCAGCGGAGACAACAUACUUGUUAGCGUCUGCUUCAAUAAGGAAAAUGAAGUAAACCAGGCCGAGUUACCCCCCCUGCCUGAAGUUAUGCCACUUGUAACUCCGACGGUAAAACGCAGGCGUCGAGAAACUGCGCAAACUACUGAGCCUGUGCCCAAAAGGUCUAAGAAGGAGAAGGUUAAAGAGAAAAGACCACCCAAGUCUCCGAAGAACAAGAAAGAGAAGAAGAAAAAAUCAAAGGCUGCUGAAAUAGCGGCAACAAAAAAACCUGUGGCAGUAAUAGACCUCGACCAAUCUCCAUUCAGGGAACAAACACCUUCUCCGCGUGACGUUAUAGUACUUAGUGACGACGAGGAACACAAGCAAACCCAGGAAAUAGCCACCCCUGAGCAGCAUGUUUCUGCUCAGGCUACUCCUCAGCAUGAGCAGUUCAUUUCUCAGGGUCCGAAGACUCCGCCGGAGCCACAAAUUAAAUUUUCUAUAAAUAAGCAGCAGAGUAACCUCAGGGCGUCCAUGAUAAACCCUCUUCACGAGGAAGAGGAGGAGGAAAUAGACGAAAGAGCUGACGAAGAGCUGGAAAUGAGAGCUCAGGAGGAGCUCGAACUGCGUCUUAAAAUCGGGCCCAAUACCCCACCCGAACCACCCACGUCACCGCCAACGUCACCGGACGCGUACGAUCCUUUCGACCCCACAAAGUCAAGGUCUCCGACGCCAGUGGCUAGUCAGGAAGCCACACCAACAGACGAGAGGGACAGAAAUCAGUGUAGUUCACCAAGAAAUCAUGACGCAACUGAUACUCUCUCCUGCACUCCUAGUGAGACGGACAAACAGAUCCAGGAGCAACAGAGUCAGGAUGUUAACAAACAGAUGGAUAAACCUAAGAUCAUAUCUAUGGUUACCAUAAGGAAAGCCUCACCUAAGAGAGAUUCACCGCCUGUUGGCGAUGGGCAGACUGAAAUAGCACAGCCGAACGAAAGCCCUGCUAAAGCUCAACAGAGUCAACAGAACCAACAGAAUCCGGCUAACUUUACAAACAUCAAUCCGGUACUUGCUACUGUCACUGCAGCCGUUCAACGUAGCACUUUGUUUAACACCAGUACACCCAUCAGCACUCAAAGAAGUUUAAUACAGCCAAACCGAAUCUCGCCGAUAAAUCAGAACAAACAGAGAUCAAAUGAGAGGCCACAGCUGCCAAAUUCAUUUGCUAAUCCGGCAAAGCCGGCACCAUCACGUGGCAACAAGUCGACAUCCUUACAGAGCAAAAAUGCUUCAACAAUGGGACAAAAUGGAAGCGACGCUACACUUGAGACCACAAAUGAUACUCUUGACAUGUCAUCACCAUAUUCACCCGGUUCAAGUCUUAGCGAUGGGAUUUUUGAUCCUCCCAGUCCAGGAGGUCACAGUCCUCAACAAUUGCCUCCUAGUAAUACAAACAAAAAUACACCAUCGAAAACUGCCAACAAACCAGCUGAGAAAAAAGACGCUUUUGACGUACUCUUUGGCUCGUCACCAGCUGUUAAAGGUCUCGGAAAAACGAGGGCGAGAAAAGUUCUUGAGAAGGAUAAGAGAAAGAAAUCAACAAAUCCCAAAGUCGGUGUUCGAAUGGACGAAAACCAGCUUCAGAUUUUGGACGAUCUUCCAAGUUCGGCCGUCGAAAUGCAGGUGAAAGACAAGUUUCUAAAAAAAUUAAACAGACAAGAAAGAGUCGUAGAAGAGGUGAAACUAGUUUUGAAACCACAUUACACAAAGAAGCACGUAACGAAAGAGGAAUAUAAAGACAUUAUGAGAAAAGCUGUGCCGAAGAUUUGUCACAAUAAAACGGGGGAAAUAAAUCCAAAAAAAAUCGGCCAGCUGGUUGAAGCUUACGUGAAAAAAUGCCGAAUGAAUAAAAAAAAGAGUUUUGGGGGUGCUACAUUGAAUCAACCAAAGGCAUCUAAAGCUGCGAAAAACCUCUGGAGUUGAUCAUGAGCCAAUAUUGGUUCUAGUAUUAAAAUAUAAUCUACCCUCGUCGAUAAAAUUCCGUAUUCCCGAGAAUCGAUUCUGGUGGUAAGUGAAAAUACACAAUAGCCUGGAAUGAAUAUGAUUUUAAAAAUGAACAAGAUUAUGGAUGUGAACACGAAUAUGAACAUGAAUUCUACUCCACAUCGUUAAUUCUAACUGUAAGGAAAUCAGAGCAGUAUAAUCUGCUAUAAAUCAACACCGAACAAUGUGUAUUGUGUGUGUAAAUACUUAUACUAAUAGCGUCUAUCUAUUACCCAUUUGCACCCCCCCCCCCCACCCCCCACCCCCCCAUGUAUGUAUUUUUGUUUAUUUUCUGUUUAUCGGUUUUCUUUCGUUCUCUGCUAUUAAACUUUGUUUAUCACAUCACAGCAUUAUUAUGAAUUGGUCAAAUUACGAUCGUGAUCACAGCCACAACGAUGAUGAUGACGGGUUUUAUCUCAGCUGUUAGUAAAUGGCAGUCCAUUCAUUGACUAAUUUGACUCGUUAGUUGAUUUGUUGGUAAAUCACAUCGUAAACUUUAUAUUGGGAUCCUGUGUUUUCUUAUUGUGUUUUAUGUUCAUUAUCGAUGAUCAAUUUUAAACAUUUAACCUGACAAAUUGACUCCGCACUAGCCUAGAGAGAAUUGAGGCUCUCCUGCUAAAUAGCAAUUUUGUUAUAAAGUUUUUCUCCACAUACUUUUGCAGAAAAUGAAAUUAAAGAGAGGGAAAGCAAUCAUUGAAAAACUCAAUUCCCGUUAUUGAUAAAUAAAUAAAUAUGUAAAUAAUCAUCGUGCAAUUCUUCUGGACAUAACUGAUUCAACUCCUACGGAAUUGGAUUAAAUAUUUAAUGUUUCUCUCCUAAUUGCAUUUUAACUUAGUUGUCAAGACUAAAUGUGCGCGAAUAUUGUUUCUGAUUUCAUUUUUUAAUUCCUUACUGUAUAGACUUAAUAAUAAAAGUUGUCAAACUU